AUAUUAACGCAAUCUAGAUCCUGUUUCCUGCGAAUAAGAAGCUCGCACCAUAUACAAUUACGAUCACUGACAUAUUGCUUAUUUUUGAGCCUAGGAUGUUGACGAAUUGUUCCAGCCUGGAUUCCCCAAUUGCUGAGUCCUAAGUUCGACAGUCGACAGCUCCGAUUGACGACCAGUCCAGUCCGUCCGGUCAUCAGAGAAAGAAAGUCCCACAGACCGAUUCGCGUGUAUCCUGGGUAAGAGAGCCAGUUUGGUUCUCAGAAACGAUUAUGGCAGUCACCUUUACGGAGGAUAACAUCAGGGAUCUACGGCAUCGCCUGGAGGAUGCGGCCAUCAAGUGUUCGGAGCGCUGCUUGUAUCAGUCAGCCAAAUGGGCUGCUGAGAUGCUAGAUUCUCUAUUACCCGUCGACGAUUCCGAGACUGACCCCGAUUCGCCCAUGGACCUUGCGGAGCCUCCCACAGCUCCCAGUAACCCAUUUCUUCGCAACCAAGAUCCUCUAGAAGCUACACUCGAAGCUCAGGAAGCACAUAAAUACCUUCUCGCAAAGUCCUACUUUGACACUCGUGAAUACGACCGCUGCGCGGCCGUCUUCCUUCCUCCGACGAUACCUACUGUACCUCUCUCAUCUGUCUCUCCAAACACGAAAUCGCGAACGUCCCUGACACCGCAGAAAGGGAAGACAAAGGCGUCUCCGUUUGCUGGUCUGAAGGCAAAUACCAACACCAGGAAUCCGUAUCCCCGCUUGAGUCAAAAGUCGCUGUUCCUCGCCUUGUACGCGAAAUACCUCGCAGGAGAAAAGCGCAAAGAUGAAGAGACGGAAAUGGUACUAGGGCCCGCAGAUGGCGGCAUGACUGUCAACCGUGAACUGCCAGAGCUCGCUAGGGGUCUGGAGGGGUGGUUUGCAGAAAGAAGGGAAGGGGGUUUGGAAGACCGUGGCCAAGGGUGGCUGGAAUACCUCUACGGCGUCAUUUUAUUGAAAGGCAAAAACGAAGAGGAGGCCAAAAAAUGGUUGAUACGCAGUGUUCAUCUAUAUCCUUUCCACUGGGGAGCCUGGCAGGAAUUGAAUGAUUUGCUGUCCAAGACGGAAGAUCUCAGGCAGGUAGCUGAUCUGCUGCCGCAAAAUAUCAUGACCCUCAUAUUCCACUGCUACUGCAGCCAAGAGCUGUAUCAAGCAACGGAAGACACUCACCAGACAUUAACAGAACUCGAAUCUAUUUUCCCCAACAGCUCGUUUCUAAAGACUCAAAGAGCUCUCCUUUAUUAUCACUCUAAAGACUUCGAGGAAGCAUCACACCUAUUUUCCGACAUUCUCAUAGCAGAACCCCAUCGUCUUGACAGUCUAGAUCACUAUUCGAAUAUCCUUUACGUUAUGGGAGCUCGACCACAGCUUGCUUUCAUUGCUCAACUCGCAACCGCAACGGACAAGUUCCGUCCAGAGACAUGCUGCGUUGUGGGCAACUACUAUUCCCUUAAAUCUGAACACGAGAAAGCGGUCAUGUAUUUCCGUCGUGCCCUAACCUUAGACCGCAACUUCUUGUCAGCGUGGACGCUUAUGGGCCACGAAUACAUCGAAAUGAAGAACACCCACGCCGCCAUCGAGUCAUACCGCCGCGCUGUGGAUGUCAAUCGCAAGGACUACCGCGCUUGGUAUGGUCUGGGCCAGGCAUAUGAAGUCCUGGAUAUGUCUUUCUACGCUCUCUUCUACUACCAACGCGCUGCAGCUCUCCGACCAUACGAUCCUAAGAUGUGGCAGGCGGUGGGAUCAUGCUACGCCAAGAUGGGCCGUGUCGAGCAGAGCAUAAAAGCACUUAAACGCGCUCUCGUCGCCGGCUCGUACUAUGAACCAGGUGACUCACAAGGCGGACCGGGUCGAAAGAUCCUGGAUCCAGAAACCCUAUAUCAGAUCGCAACCCUCUACGAACGCCUAGAGGACGAGGAAGAAGCUGCUGCAUACAUGGAGCUCACGCUGCAGCAAGAGAGCGGUGAAGUCAUCCAUCAGGAUGCUGAUGACGACUCCGACGCGGAAACUGAAUCGGGAGAUGAAACUGGGCGCAGCCGUCGCCGUCGCGGAAAGCUCUACGACGACGAAGACGAGGAAAAUGAAGCUGUUGGUGGCACUGGCGUUACGGCUACGACUUCCAAAGCUCGACUGUGGCUCGCGCGCUGGGCACUCAGACACGGCGACCUCGACCGCGCCGAUCAGUUGGCCGGAGAAUUAUGUCAGGACGGAGUAGAGGUCGAGGAAGCAAAAGCCUUAAUGAGAGAUGUCAGAGCAAGGCGUGAAGGAGGGGGUUAAGGACAGAAUGCACUGGCACUACUUUCAUUGUAUGAUAUCCUGGGCAUAUGGUCAAGGGCGUUUUACUCGCUAGGGUUUCAAUAAGCGGUUCAAAUAGGAUAUUCUCAGAUGUGCUAAGACCUUUCCAACGGUGUAAAAUGUAUACACCACAUCAUUCGCUCAUAUGCUGAACAGUCCUCUUACUUUUAAGAAAAGUAGAAGC